AUGCAAGAUGGACCUCAGAAGACCUGGAGUCCGUGCCCACGCGAAACUCAGCGUGCAGGUCCUCUCCCCUGCGAUGCACCGCAGCGGAGCCCGCAGCCAAUUCUGCGAUGCCGACUACUUGGCCGCGCGGAGAUGACAGCCCUCAGAAUGCCUCACUGGCAGGAGGGCUUUGCGGCAGAUCUCACGACCUUCCUCUCCGAACUUCUGGGCUUGCCGCCGGAGGCCUUUGCACUUCGGGUGCGGCAUGGCUGGAGGGGCGAGGGCGUUUGUGCGCAGCUCUCCUUCGGCUCCUGCGCGAGCCCUCACCACGCGGAGCUCUUGGACCGUAGCCUACGAGAUGGUAGCCUAAGGCGUUUGGUGCUUCGAAGCGGCUUGGGAGAGAGCUCAUGGCCUGUUUCCCAGGUGUUGCGGCAGUUCCUGCUGCGCGACGUUGUGUGCCAAGUGUUUUGGGUCAUGGAGCGGCAUGAGUGGCGAAUACCCAACUUUCCACGGGUUGCGCAGAAUUUCAACGCUGUCCUAGAAUCUAUGCCCUUUGACUUUGGAGGAGGCAGCAACUUGACGCUCCACCUGCAUCCAAACGGCUCUUCUCACCCUGGCAUUGGAGGCUCUGCAGCCUUAACGCUGUCUGCGGCGGGUCACGGACGUCCAAUCUCGCCAUUUCUGCUGACUGCAGGAAUCAGCGGCGAGAUUUGGAGUGGCCCCUACGGUCGCGACGGUGCGAAUCGUUUUCUUGCAGGGGGCCCUCUGUGUUCCUUGGAGGAGCUGAUCGCAGCCGUGGACGACCAACAAACUCUGCUGCUGGCGAUCGAGGCGGUCCAAAGUGAUGCGCCGGACCAGCUUCGCCAGGCAUGGAGCCAGGACUUUCCGUUUCCUAGAAAACCAGAGCCCCGAACUUGCCGUGGUGCGGGGGAGGAGGCUCCGCUGACCCAUCGGCCGCAAGCGGAUCCGGAGGCAUCCCCCACGGCUGCCUACGGAGCUGCGCUGCUCGCCGCUGUUGAGGCGGCAACGCGAUGCGUUGACGCCAUGAGUGCUGCUGGCCUACAGGUUCCAGAGAUAAUGGAUGCCGUAUCCACAGCGCAAGGAAAAGUCGAGGACCUGUCAGGUAGGAUGUCAGCUCUGCAGAGGGCACUGCGGAGGAGGGCACAAGUACCAGUGCCAUCAGCUACACCGAAGCCACCAGGGGAUGAUGCAGAUGCAUCUGCCUCACCAGCGCACGAAGAGCCCAAGGACGAGUGGCUGGAGGCAUCGCUGGAGCUCAACGGCACAAACCUUACAUGGCGAGUGGAGCUUUCCGAGAAUUCGGAGCUUCCACGCUGCGUCUUCCAAGAGACGCUUGCUUCGAACCUCUCCACUUCCACAGCCGACUUCCCCGACGAAGACGACUGA